UCCGCUCCCAUUGGCUGGGGGAGAUAAUCGGUCAACCGGAGGUCUUGGGGAUAUACCAACCGAGGGCACAGGGCAACAUGUUUACCCCCACUCUCACUCACAAUUAGCCGUUUCACCGCUUUAUCAGGUUUUCUAAAACCCGCCUGAGGAGGCGUACCGACCAUGCUUUUGUGCCGCACGGUGAGGCUUCUGGAUCGGGCUUUCAUCCGUCCUGGUUCGGUUCUGGUGCGACUUAGAGUAAUCGGGCCGGCGGGAGAGACUCUGACAGCCCGCGCGGGCUGCACGUUUCAGCGGCACCGGCUCCUCUCAGGGUCCGGCGUCGAACGAGCGCACCUGGGUAAACCGGAACCUGGAUCCCGGGACUGGAGGAAGUCGGCUGGUUUUGUAACCUCAGACUGGGGACACCUGAACCGGGUGGGAUCCGUGGCUAAGAGCCUCUCCGGGUUGAGCAUGACGCGCCAUAGCUGCGGAGGAGACACGAAAAAGCAGAAGGACGUGUUUUUGUUUACAGGUAACACCAGCAGCAGCACGCAGAGCAGAGCUGCUGCCACAGACACGAAGAAUGAGGACAAACGGGAUCUCCAGGAGGCCUCCAGCACCUCAGCCUCAGAACAGAGUCCGGCGGACAAACCGGAGCCAGAGGAAGGAAAACCUAACAAGACCCAGCAGCUAAAGAAAGUCUUCAAAGAGUAUGGAGCAGUGGGGGUUUCCUUCCAUGUUGGGAUCUCUCUCAUGUCUCUGGGAAUGUUCUACCUCCUUAUAUCCAGUGGGAUCGACAUGGCGGCUCUGCUGUGCAAACUGGGCUUCAACGAGUCGGUGGUCCAAUCCAAAAUGGCAGCAGGGACCAGCACGUUCGUCCUGGCCUACGCCAUCCACAAGCUCUUUGCUCCGGUUCGCAUCAGCAUCACUCUGCUGUCGGUGCCUCUCAUCGUCCGCUACUUCAGAAAGACCGGACUCUUUAAACCGCCCACGCCUGCACCCUGAUGGCUCUGCUGCUCUCUCAUGCUGCUUCAUUAAACAAACAGAAUGAUCAGAAUCACAGCGGCCAUUUUUAUUUGCCUUCAUGCAUCUCAUGUUUUCUCUUUCAGGUGAAACUUUUCUACGUUGUGGUUCCCGCUGUAUCAGAUACAGGAACACCAGUUUUUCUGUUUUAUUAAAGCUAUGGGUGUAUUUUGGAA